AUGCCGGUAAACGGGACUCCUAAUCCUGAAGAGGUAACUGCUCCUUGCACUCAAGAUUCUCGUCCUGAUGGUUCUCCUUGUCCUUCUUCUGUCCCACCACCACCACCAUCACCUCCUACUGUUACUUCUGACUCUGGUGAUACCUCUUGCAAGGAUGGUACUAGUGUUACUACUAAAGGUCCCUGUCCUCCUAAUACGAAUAUUGCUGGAGGUGCUGGUAGUGGAACACUUCAAAGACCCCAAGGGCCUCCGUCUGGUGGUGAUGGUGAGAGAGGAAAACCGCAUCAGUUGGAAAGUCAGAGAGAGGCAAAUGAUGAUGCUGUUUCAAGUCCACCUGAUACUUCGCUUGGUAAAGGACAAGCGGUGAGUCAACCAGCGGUGAAGGCGCCAGACAAUAGCCACAGAGAGGGCAUGACAAUGUGA